AGUCAGUAGUUAUAGUCCACAAUCACAGCAUAAAUUUAGUGGGGGUCCCACCUGCGUGCUUAUCACUCAUACGUUCUCUAUCCUCUUGUGGACACCCCCUAAAUGAAAAAUAAUAUGUCGCCUUCGGUGUCCCCUCGCUUUUUCUCAGAAAAGGAGAUAGCCACGCAUUGUACCAAGGAUUCGUGCUGGGUGUUGUUAGGGACGCGGGUGUACGAUGUGACGGGGUUCCUUCGGAUGCACCCGGGCGGAGAGGCGCUCAUUCUCCGCCGCUCAGGCAAGGACAUCAGCCUCGAGAUUGAAGGACCCCCGCAUCGGCACUCGGAGAACGCCCGGAGGUGGAUGGAGCAGUACUACAUCGGGGAAAUCGACAGAGACAGCACAGAUGAGCACACGGAGACUCUGAGACAGAGAAAGAAAAUGACAGAAAGUACCACAGAAGAAGAAGAAACUUCAGCCAUCAACAAAUGCAGCAAAGUCGAUGAAGAAACGGAUCUGGUAGACUGGAAGAAGCCUCUAGCUUGGCAAGUUGGAUACCUCGGAGAAAAAUACGACACUUGGGUCCAUCAGCCUGUGGACCGACCAAUCAGACUAUUUGAAAAUGACUUUUUUGAGGCCAACACAAAGACUUCAUGGUACAUGGUGCCAAUUGUGUGGAUGCCUUUAGUUAUUUUUCUGAGCUGGUACUGCUAUACAUUAUUGGCACAAGAGAGUACAAAGCUAUUCAUUACAUCAGAUUACUCCAUUCUGAUCCACAAGUACAGCUUUCCAUUUAUUUUCAUGCUUGGCAUGUUCCUGUGGUCUUUCAUCGAGUACUGCAUCCAUCGCUUUGUCUUCCACAUGCGCCCACCCGCCCACAAUUAUUACCUCAUCACGCUGCACUUCCUGCUACACGGUCAGCACCACAAGUCUCCAUUUGACGGCUCUCGUCUGGUGUUUCCUCCGAGCCUGGCCGGCAUCAUCAUCGGUAGUUUUUAUCUGAUCCUCAUGCAGCUCUUUCCCGAGGGUCUGGGUACCUCCCUGUUCGUCGGGGGUCUGUGUGGAUAUGUGGUGUAUGAUAUGAUCCACUAUUACCUGCACUACGGCUCACCAAGCAAAGACUCCUACUUGUAUGGACUAAAAGCUUACCACGUCAAACACCACUUUGAACACCAACGGGCAGGUUUUGGGAUCACUACCACAUUUUGGGAUUACCCCUUCAACACAGUCAUCCCUGAGCAGACAUUUUAAAAGAGUCCAUCUUUUGCCACAAUGACCAAACCAAUAUGCCACAAAAAACUCUCAUAAGCCUUUCCCUUUCCCAAUCCAUCUUUGUUAAUAGGUACAGUGUCUUACCCCACUGCUGUUACCAGCUAUAGUCUAAGUUUUUCAUCGCCACCAUGAUCAUCAAUUUUACUAGAAGGGGGAGUGCCUGAAUCACCAAAUGUCUAGCUAUAUAAAUAUUUAUAAACUGUAUGAAUGUACUGAUGAAUCAACCGUUUUCCAAAUUAUGUCAGAUGAAACUUUUAUUAGAGGCACUAGAAUAACAAACUCACAGUUUUGCGCAUCCAUGUAACGAUAGGAAAGGCAAAGACAGAUACCGGUAAGUGUAGGAUGGUGUGUGAAGGAGUGGACGGAUGAGAGAGUGUAACUGAAUCUUAGCUGUAGUGUUAAUAUGCUGAAGGGUGGCAGGAGGAGUGUAAGGACCUUGCGGCCCGUUCGGUGGCCAUGUGAGCUAUUGACUUUAAGGAAAACUCAAGAAAGUCUCAGAUGCUUUAAUCGUCUCAGUGUUGAUGCUCCAACCGCUUAUGGACCAUUGGUUCCUCCAGCUGUCUGUCAAGCUUAGCUCCUCCCAUUAAUGAUGUCAUCAGCUUGUGUUUCUCUUAUUACCAUUCUACGUAGGGCUGCAACUAACAACACUUUUUAAUCAUCGAUCAAUUAUUUCUUCGAUUAAUUGGAUAAAAAGACAAAUUGUUGUGUAUUUUAAUGAAUAAUGAUUGUUCAUCUCCAAAUAGUGUGCAAAGUGAAGGCUCUGAAAACAAAUAUAUAUGUGUGAUUGAAUGCUCUACAUUGUGCUGAACAUUGUGCUCAAGCUAUAAAUAUAUAUAAAUUGCAAUGGCUUUUCACAUUAUCAAAAAAAUAAAUAAAAAAACUUAAAUUUGGGAGCAUAAAUAAUAAUUGAAUAAACAAAACAAAGGCAAGGUUUCCACUGAAACGUAAUUCCGUUGAAAUAUUUUAAGUUGUUGCAGCCCUAGGGGGCCUUUUACAUGCACUUUUGCGACCAUCUGCACUGUUUUGAAAUUGGUUUUCUAUGUAAACAUGCAUAAUAUGGAUAUUUUUUCCAUUGAAUGGCACUUAAAUCCAUGUUUCAUUCUGCUUUUUUGGUGUGGGCUAAUUUAACCCUAUAGGCUCCGGUUGUCUUUAAUCUUGCACUUUGUUGUAGGCAACAUGGGGAAGCAAGUUUCAGUACCUGAUGGCUAGAUCACAAGCAUACUUUCCUUUCUCAUGUCAUUCACUUUGAGGUGUUUUUUGCCAAUUGACUUGCUAUUAACAAUAUCCUGUACUGGGAAGUCAUAACCAGCGGUUCCUCUGGUAAUAUGUUACAUAUCCAGUGAGAUAUUAAAUUAUUGAGAAACAAAGCUGGCUUUUGAUUCCCCUGACUAGCACAUGGAACUGUGUUGUCAUGAUUAUACACUAUUGAGGGCAUGAAGCAGGGUGUAUGGGCCUCUCCUGUCGGUGGGGGUUGCCAGCUGUCCGUAGCCGUCACAGGAUAGAGGGUCUGUAUAAAUCCUCUGUUGUUGUCAUAGAUCUAGCCGGCACGACCCCCCAAUCUUGUGUGACGAUCUGUUGUAUCUGAACAGGCAUCAGGACAGGGCUUAGAUAUUAGAACAUCCUCAGCUGAUCUCUCAUCAGUUCAUAUGGCAGAUUUUUCAGAACUCCUGAAUCUCUGUUUUGUCCGACACUUUUGUAUUUUCGGCGCUAGUUCUAACCGCUGCCUCAGUCUUGACACUGGUUAAACUCGCUGCGUUGAUGUUGAAAUUCUGGGUAUUUUCCAGAAAGGUAAAAUGAGAGCUGUGGCCUCAUUUAGCUCUGCUUUAUUGGUUGUAUUCUAUCAUUUUGACAUAUUCCGAUAUGAGCAUAAUUAAUGUUACAUAUGUCAGUGAUGGUACAUUGAUUUUCUAGUUUAUUGUAUGAGCUUUUUGAGGCCACUGUAUCCUAGUUUGUCCUUGAAAUUAUAAUGUAUGUAUUUAUAUAUAUAGAUUGAGAUUAUAUCCUGAUGUGCCUUAUAGGGGCAUUCCCCACCUUCCUGCUAUUUCCAAACCAAUCACGUAAUUGGUUGGAUGUCUCAGCCAAAGACAUGGUAGAGGGUGUCAGGGUUUGACAUAGGGCCUUUCUUCCUACCAUGAUUAAAUGGCAGAACAAAAAUAAUAAAUUGCAAUGGACAUAGAAAUUAUUUUUGAUUAUUUUGUAACUGUGACACCCUCUUGAGCUUACAUGGAUAGAUCUCAUGGCAUAAGAGAAUGCUUUCAGUUAAUCAAGUGAACAGAGCAAUAUAUUUAUCUGUUUACUUGUAAUCAAUGGAAGCUUUUAAUUUUGAUAAAGAAAAUCUUGCAGCUACAGAUGUCUCUAAUAAAUCCCAAAAUCUGUUUACUACUAUGUAUUUUUAUGUUGGAAUUUAAAAUUUCUAUGCAAAUGCAACUGUAUUUGUAAAUAAACGUAUAUAUAUUUCUGAAAAGAUUUAG